AUGCUGGAAAAUAUUACUAACAGAUCCACUGGCCAUCUGCCCCUUGACACCUCCAGUAUCAUGCCAAGUGAUCUGGCUGACUUGAAGAAAAAAGUGUGUUUGUUUGUGUACCUUCUCACAGCUACCUGGGUUGGAGGAGGGUUCAUUCUUGGGACUGCAGAAGCUGUCUAUAGCCCACAAAAAGGUCUUGUUUGGGCGCUAAUGCCAGUGUACCUUGCAUUGUCAUUCAUAGUAGGUGGUUUAGUCUUUGCUAAACCCAUGAGGGAGAAGAAGUACAUCACAAUGAUGGAUCCUUUUCAGAUCAAAUAUGGCAAACAUGUGGCUACUUUGAUGGUGAUCCCCGGCAUCAUUGUGGAUGUGUUGUGGGUCUCUUGCACUCUUAUGGCACUGGGGGGAACAAUGAGCACAAUCCUUGACCUGCCGUAUGUCUACUCGGUGGUCUUGUCCGCAGUCGUAGCAACCAUCUACACUCUCCUUGGGGGGCUCUACUCCGUCGCCUACACAGAUGUCGUCCAGCUAUUCCUGGUUUUUGUUGCGUUAUGGCUGUGUGUGCCAUUCAUCCUUCUGAACCCCAUCUCCCUCGACAUCAGCUGGACAGCUGUCAAUCAUACUUACCAGCCACCUUGGAUUGGACGUAUAGAGACACAGGACAUUGGCAAAUGGCUGGAUGAAUGUCUUGCACUAGUCAUUGGAGGAAGUGGUUACCAGUGCUUCCAUCAGAGGAUCCUGUCCGCCUCCUCGCCACGCACAGCUCAGAUCACGUGCUUUGCUGCAGCUGCGAUGCUUAUCAUCCUGGGCAUUCCAUCCAUUCUGAUUGGAUCAGUGGCUGCAUCUACAGACUGGAAUCUAACGGACUACGGUGCCCCUUCUCCAUUUGAGCGUGGAGAGGCCUAUGGGGUCUUGCCCAUCUGUCUACAGUACCUCGCCCCUCCAUACGUCUCCAUAGUAGGGAUCGCUGCUGUGGCUGCAGCCGUCAUGUCCUCAACAGACUCUGGUCUCAUCUCCAGCACGUCCAUGUUCAGCUCCAACAUCUACAAGAAUAUCAGAAAACAGGCUUCAGACCGAGAGAUGCAGUGGGUGAUCCGCAUAGCUGUUGUCGUGACCGCGGUGAUCAGCACAGGUCUGACCUUUCUCGAGAACAGCAUCUGGUCAUUAUGGAUUCUCGGAGCAGAUGUGGCAUACUGUAUUGUUCUCCCUCAGCUAAUCUGUGCUGUAUUCUGCCCCGUCUCCAAUGGUUACGGAGCGGCCGCAGGCUACUUCCUGGGCAUUCUGCUGAGGCUCUUGAGCGGAGAGCCCCUCAUUGGCCUCCCACCAACCAUCCAUUUUCCAGGCGGUGAAAUAGUGGAUGGCGUGUACAUCCAGCAAGUACCUGUCCGAACAGUUGCCAUGCUUUUCACACUAGUCUGUGUGCUGUUUUUCUCAUAUGCCGUUCAACAACUACGCCACUGUAGGCUUCCAAAUGGAUUGCAUGUAUUCGGGGGCAGCAAUAGGAUGAGACCAAGGCAGGAACAAGCCAACAGAAAUGCUGAUGCUGGAGAGACAGUGACAAUGAUGUCAGCAUUUGACAAAGGUGGUUUGGAGAAACACCAAGCAAGGGUGAAAGAAAACACAAAUUUCACACAUUAG